AUGAAAACAAGUUUUGCUUGUGUCUAUGGCAUCUCGUCAUCUGUCAAUGGAAUCGGCGAGGGCGAGUCUUUCUCCGUUUACCGCCCCGGGGCAACCAUCCCCUUGUUUACAGGACAGAACUUUAUCAUCUUCUGGUUUGUGUUUGAAGAUCUGGAACAGGAGUAUGGGUUGUCUUCUGCUCCAAGAUACGCCAAGAAUGAUGUAGAUGCCAUCUGCGCCUCCGUGGCUCAUCUCCGAAUCUCGCUCACUGUUUGUUUCUGUGAUGUUUAUAAAAACCGGUCAGUAGCAGUGAAGGUAAGCCUGGAGGAGGGAAUUGCUCUCGUAUGGCACACUGAUCAUAUGGUUAUUGUGGGUGAUGCCGCACACAAGUCCACUCCAAGUGCAGCAAUGGGCGGUAACCAGACUAUUGAGGCAUCCACUAUUUUGAUAAAUGAACUGCGAGAGGUCUUGAACAGCCAUGAAAGUGGCUGUCUCCCAUCCUCAGCUCUAGCAGCUGCUUCUGAGCGAUAUGCUAAUCCCCGCCCGCCACGAGCUGGUAUGGUUGUGCAAAUGGCGGGCGUGGCUUGCUGGGCUCAGUUAUGUCAUUACGGAGCUGCGGCAGGUAUUCGUCACGAGUUGCCAUUUAUGAACGAUGGGGACUGA